AUGGCGUCAGCAUACUCAAAUCUGCCCAUGGACAGCGACGACGAAUUUGACGAGAGCCAAAUCGAUUUUACCGAUAUCGAGGACCAGUUCCAAGUGCGGCUUGAUGAGGGGCUCGAUGCCUUUGUCGUAAUUGAUGGUCUGCCCGUAGUACCUGAGGACAGCAAGGGCAAGCUGGUCAAGUUUGUGCUGCGCAAACUUAACAGCGUGGGCAAAGUCAAGGACGAUGGCGUGCACAUGCCCGUGAGCGAGUCGGGCAAGACGGAGGGAUAUGCUUUCGUCGAAUACAGCGCGCCCGCAGAGGCUGUGGCUGCAGUCAAGCAGCUUAAUGGCACCCCACUCGACAAGAAGCACACCAUGGCUGUCAACAAGCUCACUGACAUUGACCGCUACGGCAAAGAGGGCCGCAUCGACGACGAAUACCACCCGCCCGAGAUCCCACCAUUCGAACAAAAGGAGCAUCUGCGCUGGUGGUUGGGAGACCCCGACAGUCGCGACCAAAUGGCCAUGUACCGCCAGGAGAAGGUUGGUGUCUUCUGGAACGAGAAGGAGGACCAGCCCGAGCAGGUCGUGGAUCGCGAGAACUGGACCGAGUCCUUCAUCCAGUGGUCGCCCCAAGGAACUUACCUCACUUCGAUGCACGCCCAAGGUGUGCAGCUUUGGGGUGGUAAGGCAUGGAGCCGCCAAAAGCGCUUCGCUCACCCUGGUGUCAACCUGGUCGACUUCUCGCCCAGCGAACAGUACCUCACCACCUGGUCCCACCGCCCCCUACAGGUCGACGAGAACCACCCGGUCCCAUCGUUAUCGCUCGAGGAGGACGGCAAGAACUACAUCAUUUGGGACAUUGCUACCGGCAAGCCUCUGCGAUCCUUCGCUACAAUCGACGUUCCCGGCGGCAUCGAUGCCGAAGGCAACCCCGUCAAGAAGAAGCUGCAAUGGCCGACAUUCAAGUGGUCUUCGGACGACAAGUAUGUUGCGCGCAUGACCCAGGGCCAAUCCAUUUCCAUCUACGAGUUGCCCCGCAUGAACCUCCUCGACAAGACGUCAAUCAAGAUUGAGGGUGUCAUGGACUUUGAGUGGGCUCCCGCAACGCCCCGCAGAGACGGCAUCAAGACAUACGAACAGCUCUUCUGCUACUGGACACCCGAGCUUGGUAGCAACCCCGCAAAGGUCGGACUCAUGUCCGUUCCCUCCAAGGAAAUUGUACGAACCCGAAACCUCUUCAACGUCUCUGAUGCGAAGCUGCACUGGCAAUCAGAAGCCGCCUACGUCUGCGUCAAGGUCGACCGCCACUCAAAGUCCAAGAAGUCUCUCGCCACAAAUCUCGAAAUCUUCCGUGUCCGCGAAAAGGGCGUGCCCGUUGAAGUCGUCGACUCGAUCAAGGACACCGUCAUCAACUUUGCCUGGGAACCAAAGGGCAACCGCUUCGUACUCAUCACUACUGGCGAGGUUAUUCAGGGCGCCGCUGUCGGUCCCAAGACGGCCGUAUCUUUCUUCGCUCCUGAAAAGCUCAAGGGUGGCGCGCCAGGCAACUUCCGCCACAUCCGAACCGUCGACAAGAAGAACAGCAAUGCCAUUUACUGGUCGCCCAAGGGACGAUUCGUUGUCAUUGCUGCCCUCCAGUCUCAGCAGUCGUUUGAACUCGAAUUCUGGGACAUGAGCUUCGACAGGCCAAAGGAAGAUUCCGAAAAGGGUGACAAAGAGGUCAACGCCAGUCUACAACUCAUGGAUACGGCCGAGCACUACGGUGUCACUGACAUCGAAUGGGACCCUACCGGCCGCUACGUUGCCACCGUUGCUAGUGCUUUCCGUCACCGCAUGGAGAACGGUUACCACCUCUACGACUUCAAGGGUACGCUUCUACGGGAAGAAGCCAUUGAAGGCUUUAAGCAACUCCUCUGGCGUCCACGACCCCCAACACUGCUUUCCAAGGAAGAGCAGGCCGAGAUCCGUAAGAACCUGCGCAACUACUCAAAGGUCUUUGAUGAGCAGGAUGUUGCCAAGAAGAGCUCGGCAAACAAAGCUGUUGUGGAAGCCCGUCGUGAAAUGCUCGACGAAUGGCGUAGGUGGCGCGAGGAGGUUACCCAGAGGCUGCAAGACGAGGGUGCGUACCUGGAACUUGCGUUGCUCAAGGGAGAGACGCCCGGACAGGCGGAUGAUGGACACCAAGAGGAGAUUGAGGAGAUUGUGGAGGAGAUUAUUGAGGAAACCGAGGAGGUCGUAAACUAG